UUAUUAAUGGCCGUCUUUAAUCAUAUUGUGGUUGCUUUAGCCAUUUUGGCUGUCGCGCUACUUCCAGCCACAACCAUUGCAACAGAUUACGUGGUUGGAGAUGGAAGUGGUUGGACCAUUGAUUACGAUUAUCAAGCUUGGGCUAGCAAUAAAGCUUUUAAAGUUGGUGACAACUUAGUUCCACCACCAAACAAAGCUCACACCUCCGGGCACGACAUUAUAAGCCUCUCGACCCCUGGCAAAAUGUGGUUUCUUUGUGGGAUAGAGGAACAUUGUUCCGAAUACAACCAAAAGCUAGCCGUCAACGUCAAAGCAUAUCAAUUGAUGAUGAUCGAUGGAGAUGAUGACGACGACAAAGACAACGAUGACUGUGCCAUUUCGAUUGAAACGUGUGGUGGUGGUAAUGGUGUUUUUGUUGCUACUGAUCAGUUCCAAGAGAAGGAAGAGAAAGAGAUCUUAAUGGCCAAUUUUAGCCACAUUGUUGCUGUUUUGGCAAUAUCGGUGUUAGUACUACUUCCAGUGACCACCUUGGCGACGGAAUUUGUGGUGGGAGAUAGCAGUGGUUGGACAACCAAUUUUGAUUAUCAAACAUGGGCUAAAGACAAAGUUUUCUACGUUGGUGAUAAGUUAGUGUUCAAUUAUCCAAAGGGUUCACACAACGUGUACAAAGUGAACGCUACUGCGUUUGCUAGUUGCACCGUUCCAGAUCCUAGCACGGGCCUGACAUCUGGAAAUGAUGUCGUGACUUUGAUCGCCCCAGGCAAGAAGUGGUACAUUUGUGGCGUUGGAAACCAUUGUUCUGCUUUGAACCAAAAGUUGGUCAUCAAUGUUGAAGGAGGGGCUCCUGCCCCCGCACCAAGUUCUGCAACCAAGUCUGGAUAUCAGAUUCUCAUGGGAAUCGUCGUUGUUUUGGCGCUAAUCAUCCUGGUUUAAGUUAAAUUGUACUUCU